CACAGCAUUGUGGAAAGAGCUGUAAGGAGCAUUAUGGGCGAGCUGUCCAAUGAGCCCCGUAGCAACCUGCUCAGCCCAUCCCAGGUGGUUGUGGAGGUGGUGCCCAGGCUCCUCCUGGCCCUGUGGCUUCAGCCAGAGGAAGGCCAUUCAGGGCACCCAAUCCUAAUAAGCGGGAUGGCCGUGGGCAUGGUGGCAGCCGUAGUGGAGAAGCUCUCCAGCAUGUUAAAGGCCCCUUCUCCUCAAAUCCCUUUCUCCCGCGCUGCGGCUUUUGAAUCUGUGCUGUCAAUCCUCGGGAGAAUCAGUCAGUCCUUCUCCACGGAUGACCUCCAGAGCCCAUUUUAUGUGAGAUCUGUCUGUGCCUUUGUGGCUGACGAGGUACAGAGCUGCUUCCAGCCCCCUGCAGCCACCUUACCAGUCCUCCCUGUCGUCGCCGCAGCCAUCUCCACCGCACCUCCAGACAUCCGAGCAGAGGCAGACCCGGCUUCUUCCCACAUGGAGGUUGUGGACAUCACGGCUAACAUAGAGGCAGACCAGGCGUCUUCCCACUUGGAGGUUGUGGACAUCACCGCUAACAUAGAGGCAGACUCUGCUUCUUCCCACCUGGAGGUUGUGGACAUCACCGCUAACAUAGAGGCAGACCCUGCUUCUUCCCACCUGGAGGUUGUGGACAUCACCGCAAACAUAGAGGCAGACUCUGCUUCUUCCCACCUUGAGGUUGUGGACAUCACCCAUAACACACAGGCAGACACGGCAUCUUCCCACCUGGAGGUUGUGGACAUAACAUGUAAGACAGAGGCAGACCCGGCCUGUUCCCACCUGGAAGUUGCGGACAUCGGCCCUAAAACAGAGGCAGACAGAGCUUGUUCCCACUUGGAGGUUGUGGAAAUAACCCCUAAGACAGAGGCAGACCCGGCUAAUUCACACCUGGAGGUUCAGGACAUCACCCCAGAGACACAGCAAGAUCCAGCUUCUUCCCACCUUGAGGUUGCGAACAUCACCCGUAACAAAGAGGCAAAUCCGUCUUUUUUCCACCUGAAUGUUGUGGACAUCACCCCUAAGAGAGAGGCAGGGCCCAUCUCUUCCCUCUUGGAGGUUGUGGAUGUCACACCUGAAGAAAGGACGCUCAAGAUGGCCGUCUUCGCCACUUUGCCAACUGACAUUCAAGCAGAGGAUGUUGCUGUGAUCAUCCCAGAUGUCACCCCACACGUCACCAAGGAUGUGACACUGGAUGUUCCAUGCAAAGCAGCAUGCAAAGGGAAAGUCCGGCAAUUUUUUUUCAGGCUUUGGAGGGCAGUGUGCUGCUGCACCUGCCACAAGGAAGAGGAGGAACAAUAUUAGUUAUUCAUCAGACCUUCAGAAAAGGGAUUGAACCAUAGACCAUUAAAUUAUUCACAUUAUAAUUGGAUUCACUUUGCUUUUCUUCUGUUUACUACUUAAUUUCAGAACAUUUCUAUAAACUUUCUCUUUGCAAGUGUGGAGUAGGUUGUGUAAAUAAGUGGGAAACAUCCCAAUUUUAAUGCUUUUAAUCAUUUACUUACUACAUGUAAACAAAACAAAAAAAGUAGUAUUUGACAACAAAAAAACGGAGGGAGCUCAACCAACGUGGAGUUGAGGUGCAACCAAAACCUUUAAUCAUCACAGAAAACGAAAAAGCACAACUCUUGCGCACUAUAAAAAAUGCAUGUUUUAUUCAAGCACGGUUAAAAGAUGAACAUUUUGGCCUAGUCUAUGACGAUAUGCAAGUUGUGUUUUCCCAGUUAAAGGGUGACCCAGACUCACCCUGGUUCUUAAGGUUUGCAGACAGUGAAAAGAUAUCAUUAAGUAAAUGGGACUUUUCAAAUCUUGAAUAAAAAUAUUUAAUGAACAUGAAUUUAAAUACAACCGACUUGAGGAUCAGAGCAGGCUGGCAGACUGGCUCGCCCUGAAAGCCCUCUGCCUCUAACUCUGUGUGGUUAAUCUCAGCCAAUAGGUUGUGUGGGUUGUCUUUCUCUCUGUGGGUGUGAAUCACUAUGACCUCUCCCUUGGCCUGCCCGUUGGCCUGAUCAGAAGGCUUGUCAUCUCUUUCCUUGCUCGCAUGAGCAGGAGGAAUGGCAUCUGGGGUAACCUCCUCCUCUCCCACCUGUCCCAACUGUCUGUGUUCGACUGAGGUCACUCAUUCUCUCUCCCUGGGUAUUGGAUAAUUCCUCCUCCACUGUGUCGUAUAGUUCCUCCUCCACUGUGUCGGAUAGUUCCUCCUCCACUGUGUCGGAUAGUUCCUCCUCCACUGUGUCGGAUAGUUCCUCCUCCACUGUGUCUUUGUGAGCUUGAAGUGUGUUAUCCUGUUCUGGCUACCUCUUUAGGGGUGUGCAUCUUAAAUCUCUUUCGGUUUGUUGGGGGAUUCAGUUGUUUUGGGGAGCGUCUGAAGUUCGAUCUCUUGCAAUGAGUGUGGGGGCUGUCCUGUGGGGGUGUCCCCUUCCCUCCUAAACUGUAAUGACUGCGAUGAUGAAAAAGUAGGAGGAGCCACGAGACAUGUGAUGAGGGCAAUGAAGAUCUCUCUGCAAGGACUGGAUAGGACAUAUCACAACACUGCUGCUCAUUCAUAUUCAAACCCACUAUAGACUAUGCAUGCACUCAUUGGCGCGCUCCCCCACACACACACACACAAUGAACUUACCUGUACAUAUCAGAAUCAUACAUUCAUCGGCCACCUCUUACACAACAUUUCUUGAUCCCCCACCUCAAACAUGUUGAGUCAAUACUAGAUGCUGGAAAGGUGCUGGAAUGCAGGUGCAGAAGGGUCUAGUAUGUAAUGAUGUGAUACCAUGCGUACCCCAUAUCCUGUGUUUGUGUUGAUGUUUUUGUAUUGAACAUUUAUUUAAACAGGGAGUCACAUUGAGAUUAAACAUCUAUUUUACAA